GCCAUUUCCUGUGACGCACUCACCCGGAAGCUGUAGUUCGGGUUCAUCCGCCUCACGCUUUCACCACCAACAUGGCUGUGAAUCUGACAGACCUUUCUCUGCCUCAGUUAGAGAGUUUAAAAACCCAAUUGGACCAGGAGACAGAGUUUCUGACCUCCUCCAUUGGGCAGCUCAAAGUGGUACAGACAAAGUUUGUGGAGGCAAAGGACAGUCUCAAUGUCCUGAACCAAAACAAUAAAGGAAAGGAGUUGCUCGUUCCUCUCACCAGUUCUAUGUACGUUCCUGGAAGAUUGAAUGACGUUGAACAUGUUUUAAUCGAUGUUGGCACCGGGUACUAUGUUGAAAAAAAUGUGGAAGACGGCAAGGCUUUCUUCAAGCGGAAAGUAGAUUUUCUUACAAAGCAGAUAGAGAAGAUUCAGCCAGCCCUACAAGAGAAACACGCAAUGAAACAAGCUGUAAUGGAAGUAAUGAGCAUGAAGAUCCAGCAACUCCAACAGAGCCAAGCAGCACAAGUCAAGGCGUAAUACGGGCACGGAUAGCUGUUGAAUUAGUGUGCAACUUUCUGUUUACUUUACUUCACAUGAGGUCAUCAAGGCUCCGUUCACAUUUGCACACAGUUAUGUUUGGAUACUUCAAAUACACAAAGCUAAAUGUAGACAAAAAGACUAAUACUGAAUCGGGGAAAAAAAACAUAAAUUAAUUUAUCUACACAAAUGUUAUUACAAAAUUAUAGGACAAAAAAGUGCCCAAACAUAACACGAACACAACACAUCUGAAUUGGGACUAAACCCGGAACAAAACCUGAACUAGACCAGGAUUAAAACGAGUCUACAACCAGAACAAAUGUGAAUGUACCCUAGCGUUGCAUUUCAGAAGCAAACAAUGAAUGAUUAUUUAUGUUCUCUUGCCACAAUAAAUGGAUUAAUACAA